AUGUAUAUCAUUGGUCAGGAGUUUCCAGAAAUGGGUCAUGUCGAUGGCAGGAGCAUGGCAUAUGGAGUGUCCUUCCCAGUUGGCAUUGUCAAUCAUCCUCUCUUUGAUAUGUCAGUAGUACCCAAAGUUCUUUACCACAUAGUUCAUCUGUGCCUGAAGAAGAUCAACUACUUCACCAUAGGCUUCAUAGUCGUGUAUAAAGUUCUGGGCAGUGAGGUUGGGGCAUUAGCAAAUGUGCAUGAUAGGGCAGUUAGUGAGAAGGUGUCCCUAUUGGUCACACUCCUAGCAGAAUCUGGUCUUAGCAUUGUUUGGCAAGGAUGGUGGUAUAGAUUAAGGGAUGGGUGGGAGCCAGUUCCCAGGGAAAGGGUCUGCAUAAGGGUAAGGGAGGACAUUGUGGAUAUCAGUCAUGGGAAGGACGUGAAAGGGUUCUGGCACCAAGAAGAAGAGUGGGGACAAGAGAGUAGUGCCAUUGAGAAGUUGGGAGAGCAAGGAGGAAGUCAUAUCUUUGUAGAGGAAAGGUGGUUGGUCCCCUUUCCUUUGAUUUUGAGGGAGUAG